AUGGCGGCGGUCGAGGCGGUUGGAACGGUCCACCGUACCCCAAUCAAGGGUUACUACCCGAACCAACCGUACCCACAACCUGGCUUCCAGAACAGCCCCCAUCGCGGAGGACAUGGCGGCUACCGCGGCAACAACUUCAACGGCCCCGACCGCCGAAUGUCAGGUCCUGGAGCAAACGCUCCAUUUGGCGGUCCAGGCGGACGAGGGCGUGGCGCGCCUACCCAAUUCUCCAACUUGUCAUGGACGCCAGCGUCGGGCACUCGAGGCGGCCGCCCAGCCACUGAAGCGCCACGCCCACAGCCCGCUGUCGCGUCGCAAGUACCUGCCGACUCUGCAUCUGUGGAUGCUGAUGACAACCCCUUCCGCCCGUCCAAAGAUCUGCGUGUAGAAGACGAGGGUUCCAAAGAGGACAAGAGGAUGGCACCUUCAAAGGCACCGACAGCACCGAAGUCAGGAUUUGGUUUUUCGUUGAAGACCAAGAAUCCAGUGCCACCAGCGAGCAAAGCAAAGCCUGGAGUGGAAGAGCCUGAGAAGCCUGCGCCUGCUUCCAAAGAGUCUCUUCUUGACCCCAAAGCAAAGGCGGCAGCGGCAGCGGCAGCAGCACAGGUUACGACAGUGGCCGCGACCGAGACAACAGGGAACGAGACCGUCGAUAUGACAACUACUACGAUCGAAAACCUGCCUAUCGAGACCCUCGCGAUAGAGACACCCGAGAUCUACGAGACACGCGUGAGCCCUACUAUCGCGGCAAAGAGCGAGAUUUCCGAGACCCACGAGACAGAGAUAUGCGAGAUCCGAGAGAUGCACGAGACCCGCGCGAUAUCCGUGACCGCGAUCCCAGAGAUAUGCGCGAUCCGAGAGAUCGUAGAGAGCCAUACCCACCCCGACGACCUGACGAUAGACGAUUCGACCCACGGCCUGACACACGACCAGCGCGAAAAGUCUGUAUAUUACCGGAAGCCCGGUAACGAAUCGGUGGUUGGAUCCGGCACCUACGGAAAGGUCUUCAAGGGAGUCCAUGUCUAUACGAAGGAUAUGGUAGCUCUCAAGAAGAUUCGUAUGGAGGGCGAACGCGAUGGCUUCCCUGUUACGGCCAUCCGUGAGGUCAAACUUCUGCAAUCUCUUAAUCACGCCAACAUCGUUAAUCUCCGAGAAGUCAUGGUUGAGAAGAACGACUGCUACAUGGUCUUCGAAUACCUUUCCCACGAUCUUACCGGUCUUUUGAACCACCCGACCUUCAAGCUCGAACAAGCACACAAGAAGGACCUGGCCAAACAGCUCUUUGAAGGCCUGGAUUACCUCCACCGCCGCGGCGUUUUACAUCGAGACAUUAAGGCUGCGAACAUCCUUGUAUCCAAUACCGGACAACUGAAACUGGCAGAUUUCGGUCUUGCACGUUUCUACGCGAAAAGCAGUAAGCUCGACUACACCAACCGGGUCAUUACCAUCUGGUACCGAUCACCGGAGCUGUUGCUGGGAGAAACACAGUAUGGGCCAGCAGUCGACAUCUGGUCAGCUGCCUGCGUACUGGUCGAGAUCUUUACCCGGCACGCUAUCUUCCCUGGUGAUGGCGGCGAGAUCAAUCAGCUGGACAAGAUUUACAACAUACUCGGCACGCCCACUGUGCAGGACUGGCCUGGCAUUGUUGACAUGCAGUGGUUUGAACUGCUACGGCCAACCGAGCGAAAACAGUCGACUUUUGAGGAGAAGUACAAGGACCGCGUUAGUCCUAUGGCCUUUGAGCUUCUCCAGGCAAUGUUCCUGUUCGAUCCCAAUGCGCGACCCACCGCCGCCGACGUGCUCGAGCAUCCUUUCUUCACGAGCGAAGCCCCGCCAUCGAAACGUGCCGACGCGCUGAAGGAGCUGGAGGGUGACUGGCACGAGUUCGAGAGCAAGGCUCUUCGGAAGGAAAAGGAGAAGCAGGACAAAGAGGCGCGGCGUGUUGCGCGGGAAGAGAAGGAUACUGCAAGGAAGGACGAGGGUAAAAGACGCGCCGAGGCAAAUGCUGGCGAGGAAAGGGACGCGAAGCGAGCGAAGAGCGGUGAUGUUACGGCGUAG